AUGCCGCUCAGGACAUGCAUCUUGUCUUGGCUCGGCCCCCUCGCGCCUUUCAUUGACAUGUCAAGUGCUGAUAACCUGGAAGUGAGGCGGCGAGCGAUUUCAUUAUCCUUAGGUGGAACAGCGCUGUGUCCUCAAAGUGACAAUUUAAAGCUAGAAUGUGAAAAACUGGCCAGUGAGAAGACAGAGAUGCAGCGACAUUAUGUCAUGUAUUACGAGAUGUCCUAUGGGCUGAAUAUAGAGAUGCAUAAACAGGCAGAAAUUGUCAAGAGGCUGAAUGCUAUAUGUGCACAAGUCAUUCCCUUCCUGUCCCAAGAGCACCAGCAACAAGUGGUGCAGGCUGUGGAGCGUGCCAAGCAAGUCACCAUGGCAGAACUGAACGCAAUCAUUGGG